CCAGUUCAAAACUGAAAUUAGAAUUCAAUUUUGAUUUUUUUUGAAUGUCUGAGAUACAAUGGAAUGGCAGCAAGGCCACGAUACAGAGAUGAGGGAUGACUGAUUUUUGAAAUGCAGCAAUACAUUAAUACUCCUCAACACAUACUGAAACAUAUGAAAGCUGCAAAACCACAAAGAACAACCCAACCUGAGAAACUCAGGCUCGCUUUAUGAGGCUCAUAAGUUACAUUGUCCUUCCAAAUUCUUUUUGAUUUUCCUAAUCCAAUUUCUUUAACAUUUUCCAAAAAAAACUUGGCAUGAAAUGCAAUUGAUUUCCAAGAAUUUCAUUUGUUGUGUAUAUAUAUACCCCAAAUCCAUUUCUCAAAAAAACAUCAACCAUGAACUUCCCAAGACUUCCAAUCCAAUUCUCAUCCAAUUCACCACCCAUUCCAAUCCGACCCAAGCACCCCCUCUUCUUUCCAGACCCCCAAUCACAUCCUCAACAAACACCUCCACAUAACCUGUUCUUUUCCCUCACUCAUCACUCCACCAAAAUCACCCAAACACUCAUCCGAAAACCUCCUGAGCUCAUCUUUCCCAACCCCAAACCUUUUCACAAGAGUUCCGAUUUCCCUUUCCACAAUGCCCACGACUUCUUCUUCCCUGAUCCCUUCUUUUCCUCUAGUAAUAUACAGAAACUUCAAACGAAUGAUUUGUUUGAUCGUUUCUGAUCGGGUCGUUCUACAACUCCAAUCGUUUCUUGUAUCAUU